AUGAUGUCGUCAUCGACCCCUGAAUCAAGCGCGUUGAUGCUGCUUGCGCUGCUGAGCAGGUCAUGCGUACUUGUGCGGAGCUUCUCUUCGGAUGCUCCACCAACCGAUUCGUUUCUUGAUGAAAACUGUGGUGAUGAGCUGAGGUUGGCGAAGUCAAUCGCAAUUGAUGAAGAGGAAGAGUGCAGGCUGCUUGAUGCAUCACUCAUCAGGUCGCUCACGCCGUCAGAUGAUACGCUUUCUUCGUGCGAUGCUGACUGUUCCUUGGUUAUAGAUUUUGCUGGCUGCUGUGUGCCUGAUGCAAUGGCCUUAGUUACCGAGCGAGUGAAGAGUUUUGUCAAUUGA